AUUUCUCAAGAUGUUCGCAAAACGAGUUAUCAGCGCACUAUUCGCCUUCCAAGUUAUUGCUGGCGUGGUUUCACAAUCAACGGCAGCCGCAAGUGGCACAAGUGACGUUUGGUUGGAUGUAGAUGACUACAUCCGUGAAAAUCGUCGUCAGUACAAUGCGACUCUCAAAGAUUAUCUGGAUCAAAUAAAUAACGUCAAGAACAGCCUGGAAGAUCAGUUAAAAGUGUUGGACAAAGAAAAAGUGCUGCUGUUGAAUACAAUACAGGAAACGAAUGAAUUUAUCGAUCCAUUGGAGGUACUCAGCUUGCCUACCCGAUAUUGCGUAAAACAGUACCGUGAAGAAAUUCCAUACGCUACUACUGUUAAGUCUUAUAUUGAGAGCUGCAUCAGCACCGCUCGUAACUAUGUCAGUAGUAUUGUCAGCUCACCCAAUAGUUAUUAUAAUUCGUUGUCGAAUUACUACAAUAAUGACUUGAAAAAUGGUUUGAAUAAUUGUGUUAAGACACACAGCGAUCUUAAAUCUUUGAAUUACACACUUUGUGUCACAUCAGUGAUUUCUAAAGUUAACACCUACACCAUCUCCAAUCGUAAGAACUUUGCCACAGCAAUAACAUCGUCAAUUUUCAGUUUAAAUAAUUAUGUCAAUACUGCUGUGAACUGCCUGUACUCUCAGUACAAUCCUGGAUUGAAAUCGAUCGGAGCAGCCUCUCGCCUCAUUCAUAAUUGCCUUAAUGGGUAUCUGGAAAACGAUUCCCAAAACAAUAACAACAAUGUCACCAUCUACGACGGAUGUCCGAAUGUGAUCUAUAUGCAAUUACAAGAUCUGGAUUCAAAUAAUACUACUGUAGGAAAUCAGUUGCGAGCUAGAAGCCUGACUUGUCUGGAAAUAAGAUUUGUUUAAAUAAAUACACAAAAAAAAACAUGCAUCUCGAAAUGAAGCCGUAAAAAAAGGACGAAGGGAAAUGUACAAAUCUAUCUAACUUCUUAUCAGAUAUCGUAUAAUAAUGUUGUCUUGAAAUAAAGUGAGCUUAAAUAAGUAGCCGACU